AUGACCGAUGUUGAAGGUCUUGAUUCUGUUGACUCCUUCGCCAACAGGACCACUUCUCAAGUUCGUGAAGACAUCAAAUCUAUGCGAAGAGCCCCUGAUCCCAACAAUGCAAAUGCGACUAUCGGAUUCACCGCUCGCGAAUCGAUGACCAUUCAUCGUAUCUCCAAAUAUGGGAAGCUCCUCAUUUUGAUUCAAAGAACCCAUACUCCAGCCCUUGGAACCAUCCCAAAUCUCCUUUUCAUUGGCCAAUUCUAUGAUGAAAACCCAGAUCUCAUGGAAGGGGACUCCUACCUGCUUCCUCCUCAUCCCCCAAAGUUCAACAAUCGCGAUGGUCGAAUCAUGAUGGAAAACAUUGAAAGUUGGGCUCGUACCGCCUAUGGAUAUUGUGGAAUUCGCCUUGAUUAUAUUUUCCGUGAAAAUUCUGAACUUCCAGUUGCUGGUGACCCUGGAUUCCUCCGAGCGGACAACGGCUCUCACUCCAUCGAAGAAGAACUUGUCUGA